CAUUCGACUCAAACGUGCUCCGGCUGUUAUUGUUGUGAUUCGGAACAAAAUUUUGUGCGGUUCCGUUGAAGUUCUUAAAUUUUAAGUGAAUUUAUACGGAUUUUAGUUACAUAAAACACCAAACGAGAGUUAUUCCAGUCGUUCAAUAACGAUGGCUUCGGCUAUCAUUCACACAGUCCGCCGGCAGUUGUUGUAUCGCGCUAAAAUAUCCCGAGAUUUAACCCGACUGGUACCGGCUUCGAUUGCAUCACGGGAUCAUUCCCUAAAAUCGCUCCGAUUCCUUCAUCAAUCCCAGUCGCUUCCGAACAAAGCCACCUUCCGGCCGGAUCGAGAGGACGUGUCCCUUCUGGAAGCCAAACACGAUCCGGACACGUUCGGGACGCUUUCACCCGUGGUGCCGGAACCGGAAGUUCCCGAUGAAGGCGAUCUGCAAGAGGAAAAGUUCCUGCAGAACAAACCUGCUCGAUCGCAGAAGCUGAGCACCAAAGAAUAUGCCGACCUGAUCAAGGGGCAUCUUAAAAACCAACGGAUCAGGGAGGCAAUCGAUGUCCUGGAGGUGAGAAUGAGAGAGGACCGAGUGAAGCCGGUUAACUAUCUGUUUAAUCUGCUGAUUGGAGGAUGCGCUCGGGUUGGUUAUAGUAAAAAGGCCUUCCAGCUCUAUAACAAGAUGAAACAGCAUGGUUUGAAAGUUACCGGAGGAACUUACACGUCGUUGUUUAAUGCCUGUGCAAAUUCGCCCUUCUUGGGUGAUGGACUUGAUAAAGCGAAUCGAUUGCGCGAAAUUAUGAUCGAAAAGGGAUACGAACCGAAUGAGUCCAAUUUUAACGCAAUGAUCAAAGCUUAUGGCCGUUGCGGAGACCUGAAAACGGCAUUCCAACUGGUCGAUGAAAUGAUGUCCAAACAGCUGAGAAUUCAAACCGAUACCUUCAACUUCUUGCUCCAGGCGUGCAUCACCGACACCGAAUUUGGAUUCCGACAUGCCCUGCUGGUGUGGCACAAAAUGUAUAGACUAAAAGCCCAACCGGAUAUCUAUUCGUUUAACUUGCUCCUGAGAUGCGUUCGCGACUGUGGACUGGGUAAUCUGGAAGCUACCGAGCAAGUCAUAGAGCAGAUUCUGUUUCAAAGUCAGCCGAAUCCUUCGCGACUGGAAGAUCCUUCCCAACAGUCUGCACUGCUUGAAGAUGGCUCCAAAGAAACCUCCAAAGAAUUGCAGUUGUCCAAUCUGAACCAGGAAGUUCAACAGGAAGGUACUCCGAAUCUUCUUUCCAGUCGACCUCACCUCGGUAGCCUCAUAAGUUUAGGCGAAAUAAAAAAGCCGGAAGAUCGUCUUUUGCUCCUCGGUGGGUCAAACAGUAUCCUCGCCGAAAUGGAACGCCUCAAAAUCCAGCCGGACAUUAAAACGAUGACCGAGCUGCUUGACACAGUCCCUCCAACGUUGGCCGCCGAGAAGCAAAUUCUAUCGACGAUACGAAGGCUUGGCAUUCGUUGCGACAUAGAUUUCUUCAACAUCCUCAUCAAGAAACGUUCGAUGCGGUUCGACUACGAAGCCGCCCGGGAGGUGCUGACCAUGAUUCGAACGGCACGCCUGGAACCGGACAUUGUCACGUAUGGCGUGCUGGCGUUGGGCUGUCGGACACAGGAGGAAGCACGUGCUUUGCUGAAGGAGAUGAGGGACGCGGAUAUAAGAAUCAACAUUCAAAUUUUGGGUGCCAUGCUCCGGCAGGGCACGGCAACGAAGAAUUUCCGCUACGUGACCGAAGUGCUCGAAAUAGUCAAACAGGAACGGUUUAGGCCGAACGAGGCGUUCCUCAAGCAUCUGGACAACUUCAACAAGAAGUGCGAAAAGAUGAACCAGGCGUACAACAAACAGCCGCGGAAGGCCGGUCGGGACGAGUUCAAGUUGGAAUACAACCGGUACAAGCUUAAACUGGAGUCCUGGAUGGAUUACAUGGGGCUAAAGGGGCUUGGUUUGGACGAUGCAGUCGGAGCGGUGCGGGAACAUCCGUGGGAACAGUUUAAGCAACCGCAGGCUGAAGGGUUUGAGGCGACCAAGAAUCCCAAAUUGAGACACGAGAAGAAGAAACGACAUUCGAUCAGGAAGAUCAAAGUGGAGGAGCUGAAGGAAGAUGGUGAGGUUGACGGUGGAAGCGAUCGAAGGGGAGAACUCAGGCGAAUAGAGUGAGGCUUGCUAAAGUGUUAUUGGUAGGUAGUCAAUAUAUGAGAUCUAAGAAUCA